AUGGGUUUAGUUGUUCAAGAAUCAGGUUCAUUCCAACACAUUUUACGUUUGUUAAACACCAACGUUGAUGGUAGAAUUAAGAUCAUGUACGCAUUAACCACCAUUAGAGGUGUUGGUAGAAGAUAUGCUAACUUGGUCUGUAAGAAGGCUGAUGUUGAUCUUUCUAAGAGAGCAGGUGAAUUAACCCAAGAAGAAUUAGAAAGAAUUGUUACUAUUAUGCAACACCCAACCCAAUAUAAGAUUCCAGCAUGGUUCUUAAACAGACAAAAGGAUGUUGUUGACGGUGGUGACCAUCACGUCUUAGCUAACAACUUGGAAUCUAAGUUGAGAGAUGAUUUAGAAAGAUUAAAGAAAAUGAGAGCUCACAGAGGUUUAAGACACUCUUGGCACUUAAGAGUUAGAGGUCAACACACCAAGACCACUGGUAGAAGAGGUAAAUCCGCUUAA